AUGCAGUUGAAGAACAUCCUCGCUUUCAUCGCAGCCGCCUCUUUCGUCACCGCCGCGCCUGCCUCAGACACCGACGAAGGAGGCGAGGAUGAGAUCUCCAUCGGUGUGGUAGUCAGAGGCGUUGCCGGUACUGAAUGCGGGUGGACUUGGCUCGAAGGCUGCGAGAAUCUGAAGUGCGAGAGCGGCCAUUACAUUGCCUUCCCGGCUCCGUCGAACAGAUAUAACUCUUACGUUGUGUGCCAGAAGAAGUGA